GCGGGAGAAGCCGGCCGCGGGAUGCGGUGCCGCCGCGGCCGGGCCGGGCCGCGCUCGGCGGGGGCGGGAGCCGUGCCGCGGGGCGCCGCUCGCCGCCGGCUCCGUGUGCGCGGCUCUUUGGGGCGUCGCUGCCGUCUGUCAGUGGCGGCCGGCGCAGGAAAGGCUGCUUGCGAGGGAGGCGAGAGGGGAAGCAGGCUCGUAGCGCAGUUUAACACAGCGUUCUUGUGUCCUCCGAGCUCAGGCUGAGACCGCGGUCAUCGCAGUCUGGCUGUCUGCAUAGAAAUCCUUAAAUCUCAACUUUCCCCCUCUUUUUUUUUCUAUUCUCCAGUAGCCUGAAUAUUAGGUUAAACUCUUCAGGUAGUAUUGCAGUACGAGAGGGGAAUUUUGCAGUCUGGAAGAGACAAAAUUGAGAUUAUAUUUACUGUGACCUGCAGUGCAGAGUAGCUGUGCAGCACUGCUGCUGACAGGAGAUGUGUGAGUGAUGCUGGCAGGAGGGAGAACUUCUUCCAUUUCCAUAUUCCUGUGGGUUUGAUCUUACAUGUUAUGCAUGUGAAACAACUGGUAAGAUUUUCAUAAUGCCACUUGGUGUUAUUAUUAGUUGUUAGAGCUAGUCAGCAGGGGAAUGAACCUGUAGUGGUCAGAAUUUUUCCGGCCGUUUCAGUACUUUUUUGUGGAGAUGCCUGUAUUAACCACCUAAAAUUAACGAGGAAAGCUGUAUUAAAAUAAUUUUUUUAACUAUGCAGCAGCUAUCAAGUGUUCUCAAUAAAAAUUCAUGUUUUCAUAUUAUAAUAGUCAUACUCAAAUUUCAUAUAAAACCCGACUGAAAAGUUCUCCAGUUUCUAGUUUUUAGGGUAAUGUGCCUCAGUAGAAUUCUAAGAUCAUAUUUAAAAUCAGUAGACAACAAGCCAUAAGUAGCAGCCUGCUUUUGCAAGAAUUGUGAAGGCACAAACCACGUCGUGCAGUCACUGCUCUGCUGAAGCACUGAAUUUCUCUGAAGUUCUCCUGCUGCUCCUGGAUCUGCACAUGAUCGCUGUUCACGCCGUGGGUGAAUUAGUAAUCAAGAAGCAUGAAGCAUGGUGGGAGUACUUCCUAACAGAAAAUCAGGAAUCUGUGGCACAAUUGCACUUUGUUGAAAAUUGUGUAAAGUUCUCUAGCACUUUUAUUUAGUAAUUAAAUUCAAGACAUGGGGCCUAUGAAAUACAAAUCAAGCAUGUCCUCAGUGUCCUGUGGUCUGCAGUAUCACCAUUCACUGAUGAAGUGGAGUCCAAAAGUGAAUUUACACAUGGUGAGGACUUACUGCCCAUCGGCGCCCAAGAGGCCCGAAGCCAAGUCUGCAGUGGAAAUGGCCAUGGGUCUCCUUCAUCGGAUCACAGAAUCAGGGACUCUUAUGGGCAAAAACUCCCUCCAAAAAGUGUCUGCAACGUGCAGGAACUGGUGGGACAGAUACGAAGAAUUUGUUGGAAUCAAUGAAGUUCGAGAGGCUCAGGGAAAAGUGACAGAGGCAGAAAAUGUCUUUAUGAUAGCUCGAGGGAUAGUACGAGAGGCUCGUGAAAAUGUAGAAGCCCAACAGAUUAAACUGAAGGAGAUUCGGGAUCGCUUAGACAGGGUCUCUCGGGAUGACACCCAGUAUUUAGAACUGGCUACUCUGGAACACAGGUUGCUGCAGGAAGAGAAGAGGUAUCGAGCUGCAUAUUUAAAUGCAGAAGAAUCUGAGAGAGAAAAGUUCUCUCUCUUCUCUGCAGCUGUCAGGGAAAGCCACGAGAAGGAGCGCACAAGAGCUGAGAAAACAAAGAACUGGUCUAUUAUUGGCUCUGUGCUGGGAGCUGUUAUAGGUGUUCUUGGUUCCACCUAUGUCAAUCGAGUAAGGCUUCAAGAAUUGAAAGUCUUGGUGCUUGAAGCACAGAAGGGCCCAGCCAAUUUACAAGAAGCCAUCAAAGAACAGGCCUCCAGCCAUUACUUGCAGCAGAAAGAUCUCAGUGAUGUCAUAGAAGACCUAAAAAAUGUGCUGCAAACAACAGCAUCGAAGGGAGGGAAAGAAGGGGCUUUGUUAACUAGAGAAACCAGGAAUGACUCCAUAAAAAUAGAUUCUCUUUUAAUGCCUUUAAAUGAGCAGCUAAACUACAUUAAACAAGUCAGUUCAUGUCUAGGGAGUUUACAACAGCAGUUUAACAGUCUGCAGGAAAGUAUCACACAGGUGCUGUCUGAGCUGCAGAGUGUCAAACUCGCCAUCCAGUCCCGACCUACAGAAAGAGUGAUGCCAAGGCCUUCAGGGGAGGGCAAGGGCCAGGCUGCUGCUGUGAGAGAUGUGAUUUUGGAGCUGUGUGACACGGAGCGCAGACUGGAAACGCAAAUCAAGAGAAGUUCUAUUUACAGCACUGCACUGACGUGUGCUAUGUUUGCCAUUACUCUGCCUGUACUCUAUAUCAUCCUGAAAGGGAACUGAUCCCUGAUUAAUUGCCACAACUUAAGGUAAAUUAAUUAAUAAAGGUAAACUUGCACUCUAA